ACUUUCUCACCCAAAUGAUAGUGAUUCACAGCAGCUACUUUCGUGAGUGAGGCACACAGGAAACAAAGUGCAGGAAGACGAGUAAGUUUCAUUUGCAAAGGUUGAGUGGUGCAAUAUUUUCCUCACUGCAUGUUAGUGAACAAAGUGAAGGAGAAGAGAAGAUGUCCAGGCAAGGACCCCUCUGCCUGCUAACCUGCAUGGCAGCCAUGGCUGUCGCUUCAAUGGCUUUCAACAUAGAUGAAGCAAACCCAAAAAUCUACAAGGGGGAGGAAGAGGAUUUCUUUGGUUACAAGGUCCUGCAGUUCAUUUCUGGCAAGGAGAAAGGGGUAAUGGUCAGUGCGCCAUAUCAGAAGAAUGGAUCUGGUGGAAUCUGUAGAUGUGCUCAAGACCGAACAAACUGUACAGACUGUUACACUCCUCAAGAAACUGACACAAUCAAGUACAUUGGACUGUCUAUGGUUGCACAAUCUACUUCUCCUCCAACGUUCACUGCCUGCAGCCCUGGCCUGGCACACGAGUGUGAUGGGAACUCCUAUCUGAACAGUAUCUGUUAUCAGUUCAACAGCCAGCUCCAGAUCACCUCGAACUUCACACCUGCCUUCCAAGAAUGUACUAAGAAAAUUGUGGACCUCGUUUUCCUCUUUGACGGAUCAGCAAGCAUGACAACGGAAGAAUUUGAUGAGAACAAAGGUUUCAUAAACAAUAUCAUGACAACCCUAAAAAACUCCUCAAUUAAGUUCGCAGCGGUUCAGUUCUCAACAAACACCAAGACAGUUUUCAACUUCAGAGACUACCAAGAGGGGAGAGCCUUGACUAAACUUUGGAAAGAAGAGCACAUGGCUGAUCUAACCAACACACAUAAGGCAAUAGACUUUGUCUUGAAAAACAUUUUUGAAAACCAAGCUGCCGGCGCCACCGCAGAUGCAACUAAAGUACUGGUCAUAAUAACAGAUGGAAAUCCCAGCGAUACUGAUAAAAGGUUCAACUCUAUCAAUAGAAGUGAUGAGAAAAACAUCAUCCGCUUUGUCAUCGGGGAGUACAGCAACACCUUCCAUCCCUGGAUUGAGGUACAUUUUCAAAUUGUUUCACUUGAAGUUCACCGAGGUGCAAAUAUAUUGGCAUAUGGCCGUUUCGACUACUGCAAUCAUAACAUCCCAAUCUUUAUCUCGAUCGCUCACAGGUCCAGACCGGUCCUCAGCGUCUCUGCUCAUCUCCACUUCUAUCCCGCGGAGAUCAGCACUGAUAGAUUUGACUGUCUGGCAAAAGAGAUCAUUUCCCCCAUGAUCACGUUAACAGCCUGCUUUAACAUGGCAGAGGCAACAAAGAGUAAAGCUGAGGUGCUGAGUGCAGGGAUGAACGUCUCCUACCUGCUGGAUGUGGAUCCAGUGAGCCAGAGGAGCCGAGCCUUUUACAAUGACACGAACAAAGGGGCCAGAAGACUUCUCUCUACAGUGGAGCUGAGAAAGGAGCGGACUUGCUUCAACCACUCAGUCUACAUGACACAAUGCGUGAUCGACACAUUAUCGCCCAUAAUCAUCCAACUACUUUUUUCUCAAUCUGAAAGCCAACAAAAGGGUCUUACUGCCAUUCUGAAUACUGACAGUCCUACACAGGCUGUGGUCGAGGUGCCCUUUGAAAAGAACUGCAAAGAAAAUGAAACCUGUGUGGCAGAACUUGAGGUGGACUUCAACUUCAUCACAUCAACUUUAUUAGUGGUGGACCAGAGUUACUUCAACGUGACUAUAAGACUGUCCAAUCACGGGGAUGACUCAUUCAACACCAGUCUAACUCUCCUCUACCCUCCUGGCCUCUCAUUCUCCAUGAUGCAUCUUCUGAAGUCUACAAGGAGAACGGUGUUCAGCUGUGGUGGUCUGGAAGGUGAAAUGGACAGAACUACAUGCAGUGUCAGCCUCCCUGUCUACCGUAGUAAAACCACAGCAGUGUUCACCAGUAAAUUCCAUAUUUUGAAUACGUACGACUGGAAGGACACAAUGGAGAUGACCGUCAUCGGACUGAGCGACAAUGGAAACUCAACCAAUAGUUCCCUUACCAGGACCAUCCCUGUUCAAUUUGCAGUUGACCUGGUAGCAAAAGCCCUUCCCCAAGACUCCACCACUUACAUGAACUGUACUCUGGAGGAUACAUCACCUAAAAGACUGGUGAAUGUAUAUGAGGUGGAGAACUUGGGAUUUAAGUCUGUACCCAUCACAGUCACCUUCACUUUCCCAACUAAGCUUGAGCACAAAUUUGAAAUGAAGGACUACCAAAUAUCUGUCUUACAGAACCAUACUCAAUGUGGAAAGAUAAUCAAUUCAACAACAGAGUACUGCUCUCCAGAAAAAUACUGCAAGUCCAUCGAGUGUGAAAGUUUCCUUUUGGAGAAGUUUUUGACAGUUACAUUUGUGCUGUCUGGAAAUGUUUCCUUCAAGGACCUCGAUCAACAUGCAAGGAGCUUGUCAUUGCCAAAGAAAUUCACUUGGGAGAGAGAAACAGUCAAUUUCAUCAGUUUUGUCAAACUCAGCUAUGACAAAAAACGAUAUGUCCAGACAGUGAGUGACCCAAGGGAUAACUCUUCAAGCUUCCACCAAACACAGAUUGAUGUUCAGGCUGAGCUCAUCAUUCCUCCCCAUAGAAACCUGAUAAUAGGGACAGGAGUUGGAGUAGGACUCUUCCUCCUGAUCAUCAUCACAAUGUCCAUGUAUAUGCUGGGAUGUUUCAAGAGAAAAAGGCCUGUUGAUAAUGCACAGGAAGAUGAGAAAGAAGGGGAACAGCGUGAACAAGAGCUACAGCCUGAGAGUGGAGCAGUGGAGUCAAAUCUUCUCCUUGACGAAAGUCAAACAGAAAACAAUGGCUUCCCCAUUAGUGAGGUGGUAGGGGAGGGACCAAAAGAGAAACAGGAUGUGUCAGUCAGAAGCAGGCUAAUGGAGUAGAGAAACUCUUUCAUGCCACUUCCAUAUGGAAGGGACUUUUUAAUAGCAGGUUAGGAGAAUUUACGCAGCAGGUUAAGAUAAUUAAUGCAGCAGGUUAGAGAAAGGAGUAGAGGUCCGAGCAAAAAAAACUUAGAGAUUAAUUGUUAGAUGAAUUAAUAUAGUCUGACCUGACCACAGAACCACGCAUAUCACUCAAUAUGUGAUUAAGUCUGAAAUACUUUUUCAAAAAUAGAUGUUUCAUGGACAUUUAUGUUUGAUAAAACAUGACCAAAGUGAUUCAGUAUUAUACAUACUAUAUAUACUGUUUCAAUAUUUAUGUCAAGGUAAAAAAUAUGACUUUGUAUGAUUGCUAUAAUGUCAUUCAUUUAAAUUACUAUGGUCUUGCUAAAGAAAUGUACAUUAUACUGUCAGAUGUACACUAUAUAAAUAUAUACAAAAGUAUGUGCACACCCUUUCAAAUUAGUGGGUUCGGCUAUUUCAGCCACACCUGUUGCUGACAGGUGUAUGAAAUUGAGCACACAGCCAUGCAAUCUCCAUAGACAAACAUUGGCAGUAGAAUGGCCUUACUGAAGAGCUCAGUAAUGCAUAGCCAUAACAUGAUGCAGCCACCACCAUUUCUUGAAAAUAUGACAAGGGGUAGUCAGUGAUGUGUUGUGUUGGAUUUUUUGCAAUAUUCCUUAAGUGCCUUAUUUCAAGCAGAAUGCAUGUUUUGGAAUAUUUUUAUUCUGUACAGGCUUCCUUCUUUUCACUCUGUCAUUUAGGUUAGUAUUGUGGAGUCACUACAAUAUUGUUGAUCCAUCCACAAUUCUCUCGUAUCACAACCAUUAAUAAUUAAACUCUGUAACUGUUUUAAAAUCACCAUUGCUCUCAUGAUGAAAUGAGGAAGGACGCCUGUAUCGUUGUAGUGACUGGGUGUAUUGAUACACCAUCCAAAGCCUAAUUAAUAAUUUCACCAUACACAAAGGGUUUUAUAAUUUUUUACACAUCUACCUAUUGCUGUCCUUCUUUGCGAGGUAUUGAACAAUCUCCCUGGUCUUUGUGGUUGAAUCAACACUUCAAAUUCACUACUGGAUUAAGUGGCCUUACAGAUAACUUCAGUCAUUUAGGCUUGCCAUAAAAAAGGGGUUGAAUAAUUAUUGACUAAAGACAUACAUUUUCUACAAACAAACGUCCACUGACAUUAUGUGUGGUGUGUGUUUUGUUUCACAGAAACUUGGCUUGGAGAGGAUACACCUGUUGAAUCAGUAACUUUGGAUGGCUUUUCUCUCGUGCGCUUGGAUAGACUGCCACAGUAAAGGUUAAAAAUUGGGGGGCAGAGUCGUUUUAUGUCAACACCAGAUGGUGUAAUGCGGGACAUUUAAAUGAGAAUAUCCCCCAUUUGACGUGUACCUGUUUUAGCACUUACCUAUACUGUUGUUUGAUAUCCCAAGACAGUUUGUGGUCCAUAUCCCAGAUAUACAGUGGGGCAAAAAAGUAUUUAGUCAGCCACCAAUUGUGCAAGUUUUCAUCAUAGGUACACUUCAACUCUGACAGGCAAAAUGAGAAAAAAAAUGCAGAAAAUCACAUUGUAGGAUUUGUUAUGAAUUUAUUUGCAAAUUA